CAGGGAUAGUUUGAACAAGAAAAAAUAUUUAAAAAUAGUGGAAAUAUAUAUUAGAAAAUAUAUAUUCUACUGGAAAGAUGGAUCGCUGGCAGGAUCGUGUGGCUGUGGUCACUGGAGCCAGUUCUGGGAUUGGAGCAGCCGUUGCCCGCCAGCUGGUCAAUGCCGGUGUGGUUGUGGUGGGUCUAGCCCGGCGUGUGGAUCGCAUGGAGGCCAUCAAAGAGGAGUUUCCGGGAGAAUUACAAUCUCGUUUCCAUUGCAUUCACUGUGAUGUUGGGGAUUUGGAUUCGGUGACGGCUGCCUUUGAUUGGAUUGAAGAGCAACUCGGUGGUUGUGACAUUUUGGUGAAUAAUGCCGGUUGUCUAUUUCCCGGGCAGUUGCUCACCCUGGAGCUGGAGCAUUUGCAGCAGGUUUUAAAUGUGAAUCUAAUGGGUGUGGUUAAUUGUACACGUCGUGCGUAUCGCUCGAUGAAACAACGCGAUGUGGCCGGUCAUGUGGUGCUCAUCAAUAGUCUCACUGGUGAAACAUUGAUAAAUCCACCGGGUGAAGAGCUGCAGGUCCUCAAUAUGUAUCCUUUGACAAAGCAUGGCAUAAAAGCUUUGCUGGAGCUAUUGCGACAGGAGUUUCGAGGUUUCAAGACGCAAAUUAAGGUCACUAGCAUUAGUCCUGGUGUCACCGACACCGAGAUCCUGCCUUCGGGUUAUGAAAGUUUGCCCAUGCUAACACCGGAUGAUGUGGCCGCCAGUAUAAUGUACGCUUUGGCCACACCACCGCAUGUCCAGGUGCAUCAGUUGACCAUCAAACCACUGGGUGAACCCUUCUAAGGUCCAGCUGUAUCCUGCAUCCUUUUCAGCGAAUAUAUGUAUAGCG